UUCCCCAGCAGUCGUCAUCAACAGUUCGAAUUCUAAUUACGGUAUGUCAGCAAUCAGAUUCAAAGCUAGGUCUUGGGGGUAUCGUUGGGAAGAUGACAACGGCUUUGUUUAUAAGCAAAAGAAGUUGUUAAAAAGUGGAUCUAUUUAUGUCACAUGCGUGAAUAAACAGUGUAGUGGUACAUGCAAGAUAAAAAGCGAAGUUGAUUCCAACCGAGGAAAAUAUCACCUCAUUAGGAAACAUUUGCCGGACUCCGCCUGCAUCGAUAUAUCUAAUAGAGCGAGAGUUGAAGCUCUUAGAAAUGUCAUCAUUGAUAGGGCGAAUAAAGAGAACACACCGAACUCUAUUAUUUUCCAAGAAGAAAUUGACAAGGCACCAGUUGAAUUGAGAAACGUGUUGAACUUCACUACGCUUGAAAGAUCAAUGCAGAGGAGCCACGUUCCAACAAAUCCUGGCAAAGUAGAUAAUUUCGAGGAGUUUGAUAUCCAAAUUAGAGAGUGGUAUGGCAGAUUUGGAGAAAUCAACAACCAACAAUUUUUUCUGGGGAGAUUUGGAGAAGGGACGAUGAGUGGCACCUAG